AUGCCCGUCCCUCUAGCGGUGGCCUUACCGGCCGCUGCUGCCGGCCUGGCAUAUCUCAAUGUCAAGUCGGCGUUCUGGUAUGACUAUACACUCCUUCGCGGCAUCGCCCGUGCCGCCUGGAAUCAAGACAGGCGCGAGAAAGGCGACAGGCACAACACCUUCUACAGGCUGGAGAACAGGGCGGCGGACAAGUCAUAUGCCAAUCGGGUCUUUCUCCUGUUCGAGGAUCGGGCGUGGACCUAUGCGCAGUGCUACGAUAUGGUCUUGAGGUAUGGCAACUGGCUGAAGUCCAAGUAUCAUCUCAAGAAAGGGGACGUGGUGGCGAUGGACAUGCAGAACUCGGACCAUUACGUUUUCGUUUGCUUUGGUCUCUGGUCCAUUGGGGCGAAGCCGGCAUUCAUCAACUACAACCUCACGGGGCAGGCCUUGACGCACUGUGUGCAAGCUGCUGGGGCUGUCUUGAUGCUGGUCGAUGCCGAGUUGGGAGGAAAUAUCGACGAGAGUGUCCGGACGACAUUAAAAGGUCUUCCAAUCGAUGUUCUGACGACAGAGCUGCAGGCCGAGGUCCUGGCGACGACACCCGAGCGGCCCCCGGAUUCCCUGCGCCAGGGCGACCUGGCACAUGACAUGGCUAUCCUCAUCUAUACCUCUGGGACCACAGGGCUGCCGAAAGCUGCCAUUAUUCCCUGGGCCCGCUUGACGCUGGCUGGGAAUUUCCUCACAGGGUGGUUGAACACCAAAACAACAGACGUAUUCUAUACACCCAUGCCGCUCUACCAUAGUUCGGCGUCCAUCAUGGGACUCGCGCACAUCCUAGAGGCCGGUGCCACAUUUGCGAUAGGGAAGAAGUUCUCAACAAGGAUGUUCUGGAAGGAUGUGCGGCGCUUCGACGCGACCAUAAUCCAGUACGUCGGUGAGACGCUGCGAUAUCUGUUGACGGCACCACCGGAAAUCGAUCCGGCGACGGGCGAAAACCUCGAUACCAAGCAUCGAGUCCACUCGGCUUUCGGCAACGGGCUGCGGCCCGACGUGUGGGAAAAAUUCCGGGAGCGGUUCGGCAUCGAGAAAAUCUCCGAGUUCUACGGCGCAACCGAGGGGUUCCUCGCCACGUGGAACACCACGCGCAACAGCUACGCCGCGGGCGCCAUCGGGAGGAACGGCUGGAUCUACGGGCUUAUGAUGAAGCAGAAGAUGGCCAUCAUCGACGUCGACCAGGACUCGCACGUGGUGAGGAGGGACCCUAAGACGGGGCUCGGCCGCGAGGUGCCCCGCGGCGAGCCCGGCGAGCUCAUGUACGUCAUCACGGACACGAGCGACCCGAGGACGCAGUUCCAGGGCUACUACAACAACCAGGAGGCGACCAACAGCAAGAUGGUCCGCGAUGUGCUGAAGAAGGGCGACGCGUAUUUCCGGUCGGGCGACCUGGUCAGCUGGGACAAGGAGGGACGCAUGUACUUCCACGACCGCAUGGGCGACACGUUCCGGUGGAAGAGCGAGAACGUGGCGACAACCGAGGUCUCGCAGAUGCUGGGCCUGCACCCCAGCGUGCAUGAGGCCAACGUGUAUGGCGUGCAACUGCCGAACCACGACGGCCGCGCCGGAUGCGUAGCGAUUGUGCUCGAGGGGGAGCCGAACGCGGCCGUCAUGUCGAGUCUCGCGAAGCACGCGAGGGAGACGCUGCCCAAGUACGCGGUGCCCAUAUUCCUGAGGGUAGUCAAGGAUGUCGGCACGUCGAUCACGGGCACCAACAAGCAGCAGAAACACGACUUGCGGGUGCAGGGCGUCGACCCGGGCAAGGUGGGCAGCGAUGAGAUGUGGUGGCUCAAGGGAGACACGUACGUCAAGUUCAGCCAGAAAGACUGGCAUGAGCUGAACGGCGGCCGGGUCAAGCUAUGA